AUGAGCCAAAAUGAUUAUGAGGAAGAUUUCAGAAUAGAUGCCGAAGAAUACGGUGAUGAUAAGGCUGUAGUAGUAGCGCGUAAAGUAGUUCGAUUCAUUCUUUCCAGUUGUGAAUCUCAAAACACCAUCAUUGCUAAGGGGAGGUUACAAAAUGUUGCCAAAGAGUAUGCUAAUCAAGAGAAUUGUACCCGUAUACCAUUUAACACCCUGUUAUAUGAAGUGAAUAGCAUCUUAGAGGACAUUUAUGGCUACAACUUGGUUGGAUUACCGCCCAAAAUGGGGCCCAAUAUGGCAACAUCUCAAAACACUGGUAACAAUAAUAGCAACACCAACGGUAAUAAUAAAGAAGACAAAUCAGCUACGAAGGCAUCUAGAUUCAUACUCUUGAACACCAUGAAGAGCAUACCUGAGCUGGAUGAAGCACGAUUGGAUCAAAGCGGAUCUCUAUAUAAGAGUGUUCUGCGUGAUGAAAGUUACGUACAGGAGAACUUCAAUAGCAGUAGUACGGUGGGUAACACCUUGAGUACUCAUCAAGAUCUAGUGUUCAAAGGGUUGCUAACGGUUGUGAUAUGCAUCAUUGUCUUCUCUAAGAAUAACAUUCUGCAACAAGAAUUGUUUGGAUACCUAGAAUCCUACGGUGUACCUACAGAUGGAUCCAAAAUACCCAUCUUGAAGUGGAAUAUUGAUGAUUUUGUGAAAACGUUAGAUAAAAGAGAAUAUGUCGUUAGAAUGGAACAGAAUUCCGAUGUCGAAGGUAAUAUUACAUCUUACAGAAUAGGAAGAAGGACACAACAAGAGUUUGGUAUUGAUGCAUUGGUGGAAAUGAUGAGACAAGUAUUGGGAUUAGAUGUUAAUCAGACCCCCCAUUUGAAAGAGGACAUUAAAAAGAAUAUUGGAGACUCUUAUGCGUGA